AUGGAUGCAGACAGGGACCUUAAUGCGAAGCGCAAGCGCAGCGCGGUCGCCAUUGGUGCGGAACGCCCGACCAAGCACCUGAAGCCGGAAGGAUCGAUUCUGACACCCGGCGACGCAACGCCGGCGAAUGGAACCGUCUACGAUAUCAAUACCAAUCACGAGAUCGACGAGGAGGAAGAUGCAGGUCGCAUGCUGCCUCUCGGUACUGCACAGGCGGAUUCGCCCGAGUGGCAAGCAACUAUCGAGGAAGUGGUGAAGAGUGUGGUCUCCAUCCACUUCUGCCAGACCUGCUCCUUCGAUACGGAUCUGUCGAUGAGCAGCCAGGCCACUGGCUUCGUCGUCGAUGCGGAGCGAGGUUAUAUUUUGACCAACCGCCAUGUUGUAGGUGCGGGUCCCUUCUGGGGUUACUGCAUCUUCGACAACCACGAAGAAUGCGAUGUCCGUCCCGUAUACCGUGAUCCCGUCCAUGAUUUCGGCAUUCUCCAGUUCAAUCCAAAGGAUAUCAAAUACAUGAAACUCACCGAGCUCAAGCUCCAGCCCGACGCUGCUCGAGUGGGUGCGGAAAUCCGGGUCGUCGGUAACGAUGCCGGUGAAAAGCUGAGCAUUCUCUCCGGUGUGAUCAGUCGACUCGAUCGCAAUGCGCCAGACUAUGGUGAGGGCUACUGUGAUUUCAAUACAAACUACAUUCAGGCUGCAGCGGCCGCCAGUGGUGGUAGUUCAGGCAGUCCGGUGAUCAAUAUCGAUGGGUACGCAGUGGCACUACAAGCAGGCGGCCGUGCAGACGGUGCUGCGACAGACUAUUUCUUGCCUUUGAACCGCCCACUACGUGCCUUGGAAUGCAUUCGCCAAAACAAGCCCGUCACUCGAGGCACCAUUCAAACCCAGUGGAUCCUCAGACCCUUCGAUGAGUGCCGCCGGCUUGGUCUCACUCCCGAAUGGGAGGCGGCCGUCCGCAAGGCAGCGCCUGCUGAAACCAACAUGCUCGCAGCUGAGAUUAUCCUGCCAGAAGGCCCUGCGGAUGGCAAGGUACAAGAAGGAGAUGUACUAUUGCAGGUCAACGGCCAGCUCUUGACUCAAUUCGUUCGUCUUGAUGACAUUCUGGACUCCAGCGUUGGUCAGACGGUGCGCCUGCUGGUCCAGCGUGAAGGGCAAGACCUCGAAGUCGAGUGUGAAGUCGGUGAUCUCCAUGCUAUCACUCCGGAUCGAUUUGUGACAGUUGCCGGUGGUACUUUCCAUGACCUGUCAUAUCAGCAAGCCCGGCUCUAUGCCAUCGCUACCCGUGGUGUGUAUGUCUGCGAAGCAGCUGGCUCUUUUAAGCUUGAAAACACACUGGCCGGUUGGAUCAUUGAUUCGGUCGACCAACGACCCACUCGGAACCUCGAUGAGUUCGUGGAGGUAAUGAAAACCAUUCCUGAUCGCUCACGAGUUGUCAUCUCCUAUCGUCAUAUUCGGGAUCUGCAUUCCAAGUGCACUAGCAUCAUCUAUGUCGACCGUCACUGGCAUCCAAACAUGCGCUUGGCUGUCCGAAACGAUGACACUGGUAUCUGGGAUUUUUCGGAUCUCGCCAAGCCCAUCCCGGCAGUGAAGCCUGUCCCUCGCAAGGCCGACUUCAUUCAACUGGACGGCGUUAGCCAGCCCGCGGCGGCAGACAUCGUGCGCAGUUUCGUACGAGUAUCGUGCACCAUGCCUCUGAAACUGGACGGCUACCCUCAAGCUAAGAAAACCGGAUAUGGCCUGGUUAUUGACGCCGAGAAGGGCCUGGUUGUUGUCUCUCGGGCCAUCGUACCCUACGAUCUGUGCGAUAUCAACAUCACUGUCGCCGAUUCUGUUAUCCUCGCCGCCAAGGUUGUUUUCCUGCAUCCUUUGCAAAACUACACCAUUAUCCAAUAUGACCCCAAUCUUGUGCAGGCCCCUGUGCAGAGUGCUCGCCUCAGCACGGAGUACAUCAAGCAGGGUCAGGACACCAUUUUUGUCGGUUUCAACCAGAAUCUCCGCAUCGUCGUGGCCAAGACUGCAGUCACUGAUAUCACAACUGUUUCGAUUCCCGCCAACGCGGCUGCUCCUCGGUACCGAGCAAUCAAUUUAGACGCCAUUACCGUGGACACUGGGCUUAGUGGGCAGUGUACGAAUGGUGUUUUGAUUGGUGAGGAUGGAGUGGUGCAAGCGCUGUGGCUCAACUAUCUUGGUGAGCGCGCUCCCAGCUCUCACAAGGACGUCGAGUACCACCUGGGUUUCGCCACACCGUCUCUCCUCCCUGUUACGUCCAAAAUUCAACAAGGCGAGGUACCCAAGCUCCGCAUCCUAAACAUGGAGAGCUACGUUGUGCAGAUGAGCCAGGCUCGCAUAAUGGGUGUUUCGGAGGAAUGGAUCGAAAAGGUGGCGCAGGGCAAUCCUUCGCGCCACCAGCUUUUCAUGGUCCGCAAGGUUGACUGCCCUCCGGCCAACUUCACCUCUGAUGUCGAUGGUUUCCAAGAAGCCGAUAUCAUUCUCACUCUGGACGGCCAGCUCAUCACCCGCGUCUCGGAGCUGGACAUCAUGUAUGAGAAGGAAUUCCUGGAUGCUUUAAUUGUUCGUGAUGGCAAGGAGAUGCACAUCCGGGUUCCGACCGUUCCAACUGAGGAUCUUGAAACCGAUCGUGCUGUUGUCUUCUGUGGAGCUGUUCUUCAAAAGCCUCACCAUGCUGUGCGGCAGCAGAUUUCUAAGCUCCAUAGCGAGAUCUACGUGAGCGCAAGAAGCCGCGGUUCGCCCGCUUACCACUAUGGCCUUGCUCCCACCAACUUCCUGACGGCCGUCAACGGUGUUCCUACACCCAACCUGGACGCCUUUGUCGAGCAAGUGCACAAGAUUCCGGAUAACACAUAUUUCCGUCUGCGUGCCGUCACCUUCGACGAUGUUCCUUGGGUGGUCUCGAUGAAGAAAAACGACCACUAUUUCCCCAUGUCCGAAUAUAUCAAAGACACUUCUGUUGAGGCCGGCUGGCGCACUGUCUCCCACGACAAGUGUGCUGACACGCAGGGUGCGGCUGCCGACUCUGUGAAUCUCAACCCGGAUGCGAUGGAUGAGGUUAUAGAGGGUGGCGCGAGCGAUCUCGAGCCCGACCUGAUGUGA